UCCCGCGGAGACGAAUGUCACACAACGAGGAAUCGGAAAAACAUGCUGGCGAACUUUUUCAGUCGCUGUUUUUCCAAUUUUCUGGUAAUGUAAACAUACGUUUCCGGCAAUGGUACAAAGAAUAAUGAUAGGUGACAUUUAGUUCCGCACGCGUAUGGCUUAAAGUUAAACUACACGGUUUUGCUAAACCCACGAGUCUGAAAAUGGCAAUGCGAAGGCCACGCAUUAAGCCAACACUGGCUAUCAGAAGACCAGUGAAGGAUUCUUCGGCUGUUGCUGCUUCUGUGAAUGUUAAGCCCGUUGUCUCUGCUGCCACUGCAGCAACUUCAGAGAUCACAGCCAAUUCGAACACUGAUGUACCAUCUCUGGAAGGCAAAUCGACCAACGAGAAUGUUCGCGAGAGAAAGGUAUCGCUUCGAGAAGAAUCGGUCUCGAGUCCUGCAGUGGAACCGGUUCCGGAAGGGCGAUCGAAAGAAAACUCGGUAUCGAGUCCUGAAGACCAGAAAUCAGCGUUUAAAUUUCCUAAUCCUGUAGCAGAACCUCCCCGCAUAGUUAUACCUCCACCAACGGUUGGAGAAAGCGCUUCCGGCGAUGAAAUCCAGUCACCUAAAAAAAUGGAUGGCAAAUUCAACUACAUCAACGCUCUGAACAGUCCCCGCAAAAGGAUACGCACGGAGUCGAUGACAUCGAACAAAUCCUACUCGGAUGUCAGUCUAAAAUCGCGAAAAUCAAUCAAACAGGAAGAAACUGAGAAAGCAAAACGUGAACAUCGUAAACGGCUCAAGUAUCAAAACAUGGACCGGCAAACGUUCACCAUGUUCGAUAUGAUCUACUACGAUCCAGCAAAAAAUCCUAUGAAAAACCCGGCACCAAGCAAAAAAGGAUCGAUGGAAAAUGCCUGGCAAGCUAGCGGGUCUGGGGGACGAAUAUCUCGAGACGUCAGCAAAUCCCGAUCGCCAACCCCGGCACCUGCAAUGCCACCGCCACCGGAACCUGCUCCGAAAGCUCCGGUCCAACUGACACCACAAUUGAAGCUGGGCCCAAACGGAGAAAUGAUUCUGGACGAGGCCAGUUUAGUGGUUGAGAAUGAGAGAGAAAAGGAAAUUCGCGAUGCGCUUGCCAGAACCGAGGUUGUCUAUCAGGACGAGUUUAGCGGAAAUUCGGGAUAUUAUAGCAGGUAUAAAAGAACGAAAGAUUGGCCCCCGGAGGAAACGAUACGUUUCUACAGGUGUUUACACACUAUCGGUACAGAUUUCUCGAUGAUGAACCAACUAUUCCCAAAUCGAACUCGACGAGAUUUGAAGUUAAAGUUCAAGAAAGAAGAACGUCUCAACAUGCGGUUAGUCAACAAAGCGCUACUUUAUCCUAAACAAUUUAACAUCGAGGAGCUGCAGGAACAGUUCCAACAGGAGGACGAGGAAAUCGAACGACGGAAGGAAAUGGAGCGCCAAAUGAAGCUGGAAAACGAGAAGAAAAUGAGGGAGCAGAAAAUAACGAAAAAAUUAUUGUUGGGUGAAACAAAAAAUCGCAAUCCUACUAAACGGGUAAGUAAAUCGGAACGGGUUAUGCUGGAUGCGGAAAAUUUAAUGAAGAAUACGCCAGUGGCGAAAGAGGUGAAGCCCAAAAGACGGCGGAAGCGAAAGACUAACAACAACGAGGGAGAAGAUAUGUUGCCUGAAACCACCCCGCAACAACAAACGGUAACUCCAGCUAAUCAAGGAGUUCAAGAUCCGCCCGCAUUGGUUCCCAAGUCGCAAGAGCAGCAAGACGAUGUUUUCGAUGAACCUGGUGAUCAAAAUAGCAGCAGCGUUGAGUGUCUCGGACCAAACCAAAGCAUAGCCACGACGAUAUCAGAUGCUACCUUUAUUCCUAAUGACGAACCAUCGACCCCAAUUGCGGGCUCCCAAAGCUUACGAGAAUCCGAGCUAGACAUAGAAACGAUGGACAUCCAUAUUGUGGACAAUUCUUCGAGGAGUAUUUAUGAGAUUAAGGCUGAACCGCAAGCGUACUCAGCUCAGCCAUAUGGGCAUCCAAUAACGACGGGCCCAGAGCAGAAUUACAUAACGUUGCAAAAUUUUGACAAUCGCAACCAAAAUGUUGUAGCCUAUCCGAUGGAAAGUGAUGACUAUCUCAAAUCUUUAGAGGACAGAUUUUAUGGUACAUGCGAUGUUUAUAUCCCGACACCCUCCAAUGCUCCGGUGGCCCAUCCAGUGAAAACCCAUGAAAACUAUUCCAGCAGCACACCGCUUAACGAUUCCUUUGUCUCCCUUCAGUCUACCGUAGAACAAUCUUAUCCCGUGACUUACAUCUUACCGCACGCCAAACCCGAUGUUCAAGAUAUAUCACCUGUUGUAAUCACAGUUCCUGAACAGCUGCGACAGGUGAAUGAAUCGGAUGCACUUCAAGAAACAAUGGUAGAUAGAACUAGUGAAAAUUACCCCAGUGAACAACAGCUUUUAGUUUCCAAACCGGAGCCAUACUCCUACGAGAACCAACAACAGGUUGUUUGCAACCCAGAAGAGCCGCAACAGCACAUUGAAACCAAAGGAGAAAUCCUGAAAAAGGAGGAAACGGAACCGGAGGAACAAGUGCCAGAGGAAACCGUUACGGAAUCGUCGGAUUUGGCUGCGCUGGAAAACAUCGACUUGAACUCGCUGGUCCUGGUCGAAAGUCAGGACACCAACGACCCCAGCCGAACCAUCUACGAAAUCUACGUGACCGAUCCCGAAACGGGAAAACUGAGCGAGAAGCCACUGGACGUGCCGGAGGAUGUUAUAGAUAAUAUACGGUCCAUUUUGGAAGGAGGUGGUGAGGCUGAUGACGAGGAUGACGAGUAACGCGCUGUUGAUUGUGUGCCGUACCGAUUGUUGUUGAUCACACCUGUUCGGUAUCCUACACCUUUUGUUGAUAUUGUUUCGCAUCCUAGCGUAAGUUAUUGCUAUACAUAUGUGCAUUAUUUAUAAUACAUCGUUGAUAAACCGAUAUCAGCCGGGAAAAUAAUUUUAGUUAGCUUUUGAUAAAAAGUUUUUGAUUUUCUCAAAAUAAUAUCAAAUCAUGA